AUGCACUUGAUUGGCUCUACCGUCUAUACUGGAAUCGGUGAGAGCUCACUUCCGUGUGGGGAUGGUCUUAUAACGUGGAUCUACAUCGAUGCGAGCAAUUCCUCGCGGUCGAUCUCCUACAACCAAGCUCGAGUCAUCGUCCGGAAGUUGAUUGCCGGCUUGCGUGCAUGGGGUGUACAAAGAGGCGACUGCGUAGCCAUCCAUUCCUUCAAUGAUAUCUACUAUUCUAUGUUGGUCCUGGCGAUCAACGGCGCCGGCGGUGUCUACACCGGCACCAAUCCCUCCUACACCCCCAUGGAGCUCGGACACCAUAUCAGAGCAUCGCACGCCAAAUUCAUCAUUUCUGAGCCAGAGAUCAUGGCCCCGAUCCACGCGGCCAUGAAGGAGACGGGUAUCCCAGAGUCAAAUCUGUUGGUAUUCGACGUCCAGGGUCAGACUGUUCCAGCUGGGCUGAAGUCAUGGCAAACACUUUUUUCCGCUGGAGAGGAGGAUUGGGUACGAUUCGAUGAUCUGAAAAUGUGCGAAGAGACCGCCGCCGCCAGGCUGUUCAGCAGUGGAACUACGGGUCUGCCCAAAGCAACGACGCUCACGCAUCGCAAUUUCAUUGCCCAGCAUGAAUUGGUCUUUGAGGUAGAGAAGCGACCGUACCAGGUCCGCCGACUCAUGGCCUUACCCAUGUUCCACGCCGCCGCGGCCCCUUCCACUCAUUGGAGUCCGCUCAAGGGUGGCCAUGCCGUACACGUAAUGCGUCGCUUUGACCUGAUGGGUUUCGUCACAAAUGUCGAAAAGUAUCAAAUCACAGACCUUGCGAUAGUGCCGCCCAUUGCGGUCGCCCUUGUCAUGAGUCCAGAGGUACAGGCGCGCCCAUACCUAAAAAGUGUCCGUGUAGCUUCGUGCGGCGCUGCUCCAUUGAGCAAGGAAAUACAGGAGAAGCUCCGUGUCAUGCUGGCGAAGGAUGCACCCUGCACACAGGUUUGGGGCAUGACGGAGACAUGUUGCAUUGCGACGAGAUUCGGAGCCUACGAGCAGGAUGACACGGGUAGUGUUGGGAGGUUGAUACCUAACGUAGAGGCCAAACUAGUGGAUGACGACGGAAACAAUAUCUCGGCGUACGGGGUCCGAGGCGAGAUCUGUGUCCGAGGACCUACCAUAACACCGGGAUACUUCCAGAAUGCCGCUGCGAAUGCUUCCUCCUUUGAUCAGGACGGCUGGUACCACACCGGUGACAUUGCAUACUGCGACAAAGAUACUCUGAAGUGGUACAUCGUGGACCGUAAGAAGGAGUUGAUCAAGGUCCGCGGGUUCCAGGUCGCUCCGCCUGAGCUCGAGGCCGUUCUGCUCUCGCAUCCGCUCAUCGUCGAUGCGGCGGUCAUUGGCUUGUCCGGUGUGCUUCCCGAUAGUGAGCUUCCGCGGGCUUAUGUGACUCGGCGUCCCGGAGCGGGCGACAAGCUGACGGAGAAGGAGGUGCAAGAGUAUCUUGGCCAGAGAUUGGCGAAGUAUAAGGCACUGACCGGGGGGGUGAAGUUUAUGGAUGCGAUUCCGAAGAACGCAAGUGGGAAGAUUCUCAAGCGAAUCCUGAGGGAGGAGGCCCAGAAGGAGGUUGAGGCGGGCUUCCGACCGAAGUUGUAA